UCUGUUCACUCAUUUCUGUUAAAGUUGCUCCUGCCGAGCCAAAAGUGGUGAAAUCCACUAACAGAAAAUUCAUGGUUCUUGACAGUUYACACGCUUGUCCGUGUUGAACUUUCUCUAUAAAUGCAUGUUCUCUGCCGAUARUCUCAAACGGCAAACCACUUAGUGUAGUUUACAAACGCAAACCUUCAGGUGAAAAAUCAAAAUAUAUCAAAAAUAUAUAUUUUGCGGAACCAGCAGAGAAGCAGUUAUGYUCAACAUAUUUCUAGCGCUAAGCCUCAGCCUCUUAGCGGCCGCUUACUGCUGGUUGCGCCAGCRUUUUCGCUAUUGGGAAAGGCGUCGUGUACCACACAUACCAUCCUUACUGAUUGUGGGCAACAUUUUCGAUCURCUCCGUUAUCGUUGCUGUUUCGGCGAACAAUUUGAACGGCUCUACAAUCAUGAAGCCGCCAGCGGUCAAGACUUUGUGGGCAUACAUGUGCUACAUAAUCACGCUCUGCUGCUGCGUGACCCUGCGCUUAUMAAGCGYGUACUGGUAAGCGACUUCAGCGCGUUCGCGAGCCGYUUCGAACGCAGUGACUCGGUGGGCGAUGCCAUGGGCUCGUUGAACUUAUUCUUUGCGGAAUACGAUGUAUGGAAGGAGAUACACAAUAUCUUCUCGCCGCUGUUUGCGMMUGGCAAGGUGAAGCAAAUGUAUCCGCUGCUGCAAGAGAUUGGYGGUAAGCUGGAGACGCAUAUGAACGCUUGGAACUUUACAGCUGACGAUGCGUGCCCGUACCCGUCGGCGGUCGUUGAGGUAAAGGAGUUGUGUGCGCUCUUCACCACCGACAUCAUAUCCUCACUCGAGUUCGGCAUCGCAGCUAAUAGUUUGGUGAGUCCACACGCUGAAUUCCGACGCAUGUGCAUUGAGGUGAAUGAGCCGCGUCUCUGGCGUCUACUACAUCUCUUUACCAUAUUCUUCGUGCCGGAGCGGGUYAGRCUCGUACGCGCMCAUCUCUACUCAGCAGAGUAUGAGAAGUUCAUGCGUAGCUCCAUCGAGUAUGCGAUUGCGGAGCGCAUGCGCAGUGGCAACCAACGUAACGAUCUCAUCGAUAUAUUUAUYGCGUUGAAGCGUCAAGYGGCCAAUGGCSCAAAGGACAGCGUACUGAACCAACCUGAUUUCUUUGUAGCUCAGGCCGCAUUCUUGUUACUCGCUGGCUUCGACACAUCCUCCUCGACCAUCACAUUCACGCUUUAUGAACUCGCCAAGCAUCCCGAGUUGCAGCAGCGUUUGCGUUUCGUGUGGAGACUUGCGACUCGACUUUGCCUGAAAUGAAAUUCGAGGAGACAGCCUUCGUUUUGGCACCGAAGGAUGGCGUUUAUUUGCGUUUUGUGAAGGAUAAAAUUUACUGACGGCAAUAAAUGUGUUAUUUGAGCAAUUAAAAAUGAUUUAUUAGUAAAAAAGAAA